GACAAUGUUCAAUUAUCUGCUCCCAGUUCUUUUGCAUGACAUACCUUGAAGGCUUGCAUUAUAUGUUCUCCCCGCUCCUUUUUUUUGCAGAGUGCCUGCUGGUACUCAGCCACCCAGGGGGCUUGAGCCCAGUAGCAGAAGAAGCAGAAGAAGCAGAAGCAGAAGCAGAAGCAGAAGCAGAAGCAGAAGCAGAAGCAGAUGCAGAAGCAGAAGCAGAAGCACAGACGGAAGCAGAAGCAGAAGCAGAAGAAGAAGGUGAAGCAGAAGCAGAAGCAGAAGAAGCAGAAGAAGCAGAAGAAGCAGAAGCAGCAGCAGAAGAAGCAGAAGAAGCAGAAGAAGCAGAAGAAGAAGCAGAAGAAGCAGCAGCAGCAGAAAAAGAAGCAGAAGAAGAAGAAGAAGAAGAAGAAGAAGAAGAAGAAGAAGAAGAAGAAGAAGAAGAAGAAGAAGGGGAAGAAGUAGAAAAGGCUCACAGCCAGCAAUGUUCAUGCGUGGGGGCAUUCACGUGCAAGAGUGAAGACGAAGAGGUGAAUGCCAGUACCUUUGUCCUGGAGUGAGAGGGUGAGGGUGAGGUGGUGUGUCACUUCAUACCGGCUGGCCAGUACCUCUGUUCUGGAGUUCAGGUACUAGACCGACUGGAUUUUACCAGAUACCAGUAUUGGCACCUUGGAGCAACCUCUAGAGUCUAGACCAAGGUGUAAGUACACUGGUCAAUGUCCUGCAGUUUUAAGUUCCGGCCGGAACAAAAUUUCAGGCAAGAA